AUGGUCAAACGGUCGCACAACUCGUCGAAUGCGACCUCCGAAGAUGAAGGAUCUUCCAUCGUGGAGGAGUCUGCAUCUCCGCCUCCUAGAAAGCUCAGUGCAGCCGACAUGGAUGCGACCGCUUCUCCCAAGAGUGCCAUUCAAUGCUCCCUGCCGCCGCAUCGAGAAACUCUGAAGUUCCCGUCGAUCGAAGACUUCGAGGUCCAUUAUGCCAAAGACCAUUCGAAUCGGUGUACAUCGUGCGGCAAGAAUUUCCCGACCGCCCAUUUCCUCGCCUUACACAUUGACGAGCACCACAACACCUUCCGAGAAGCCAUGCAAGCCAAAGGUGAGAAGACGUACGCCUGUUUCGUCGAGGGUUGUGAACGACGCUGCUCCACGCCCCAGAAGAGACGGCUGCAUCUGAUCGACAAGCACUCGUUUCCCAAGAUGUACCACUUUCGCAUCGUGGACACGGGCAUCGAUCAGUCAACCUCGAUGCUGCACGAAGGUCGUCGAAGGAGGGUGUCUACGGCCAUGGACCACGCUCAAGCCAACAGGCAUCGGAGACAGGAAUCACGAACAGAACCGGGGACUGAUGCACAGGACAGCUCUACCUCUGUCGUACGAAGAAGCGACGGUGCAGAUUCAUCUAAGCGAGACCGAGAACGAAAUGGAGUCGGUAAUCUCAAAUCCGCCGCGCCUGUCUCGGAUCCCACCGUCAACGAUCUGGCUGCAUCCAUGUCGGCGCUUCGGUUUGUGCCACAUAGUGUGGCCAACAAGCAACGCAACAAGCAAUCUCUGAAAUGA